AUUUCUGGUGAAGGUUCCAGUACUUAUACCGAGUGUCAAGUGAUUAAGGAAAGGGAAGGUGAUAGGGAAAAUUGUUAUUUUAUAAACACUAGCAAAAUCUAGCUGAUGGGGGAAUGGCUCAUACUGGACGUGUUGUAGGAUACGUUCCUCAGCUCGGUUAUGAUGGACAGGGACAGAUUGAGCCAACAAAAUUACUGCGUUUACGUGUUAUAGGUGGUAGCGGUUUAGCAAAAAAAGAUAUAUUUGGUGCAAGUGAUCCCUAUGUCAAAAUUGAGUUAGUGAAUGUGGCAACAAGUGGAACUGAUGACGAUGUUGUUGACUGUGUGUCUACCAAAACAAAGAAGAAGACCUUAAAUCCACGAUGGGAUGAAGAAUUUGUAUUCAGAGUCAAACCAGCAGAACACAAGCUUGUAUUAGAGGUGUUUGAUGAAAAUCGUUUGACCCGCGAUGAUUUCUUGGGUUUGGUCGAGUUGCCUUUAAUAAACUUACCACGUGAGUCAGAAGGCAGACAAAUUCCUCACCGGCACUACAGACUUCAACCCAGAAGUACACGAUCCAGAGUAAAGGGUCAUCUACAGUUAUAUGUAGCUUAUAUUAUCGAUGAUGGAGCUAGCAGCAGUGGCGCAUCUGGCGAACAAACGCCAGAGGAGGCUGGCUGGGAGGUGGUGAGCAUCGACAACAGUAGUGGCCAUGAAGAAUCUCCUGCUCAGCCAGUUCUGGUUCCAAAUGAUGGCCAGAGUCCAAUGCCAGAAGGAUGGGAGGAGCGGCAGGAUGCCAAUGGCCGCACCUACUAUGUAAACCACAAUGCCCGAACUACGCAAUGGGACCGACCAACCAGCUCCCAGGCCAACAAUGAGCAAGAACGGAUUACACGCAUGGAGUCAGCACAGAAUGAAUUUCGAAAUGAGUUUCGGAGGAGAUUCCACAUCUCUGUGGAUGACAAUGAAGUGUCCAGAGCGGGAGAUAAUUCUGCUGUCCUGCAGCGGGAACAACUCGGUGACCACGAAGUGGAGGAGGAGGAGGAGGAUGAUGGUGGUGAUGAUGAUGAGGAUGAUGAUGAGGAGGAGGAGGAGGACCAGGAGGAGGGGGAGGAAGAGGAUGAUGGGGAAGAGGGACAUGCUCAUGAGGAAGAGGCAAGACCUCGCUUUGAGGAAGUGACCUCUGAAGAGAUUCAAGAGGCACAAAGCACAGGGGGUCAACGACCAUCCUCAACAGCGUCGUCCCCGGCAACCCCAUCCACUAUCACCAUAAACAACUCUAGUGUUACCAAUAAUGCACCCAAGCCUCAAACUCCAACCCCAACUGGGACAGAUGAAACACUGCCUCGUGGAUGGACUAGCCAAGUAGCUCCGAAUGGACGUGUGUUCUUUAUUGAUCAUAUCAACAAACAGACAACAUGGAUAGAUCCACGUUCUGGCAUGCCAAGUUCUCCGCCCAAUCAACGCCACACAAACAAUUGGAGACAUGAAGAUGAGUUGGGACCACUACCAGAAGGCUGGGAACAGCGAGUACAUACUGAUGGUCGUAUAUUCUUUAUUGAUCACAAGAACCGCACAACAACAUGGGAAGACCCACGAUUGCUCAAUCCAGCCAUUGCAGGCAAAGCCAUACCUUAUUCUAGAGAUUACAAACAGAAAUAUGAAUACUUCAAGAGCAGACUUCCAAAGCCAGCAAAUGUUCCCAACAAGUUUGAUAUCAAGGUGAAGCGAAACAAUAUCCUGGAGGAUUCAUUUGCCAUUAUCAGCCAGGUGUCUCGUGUGGAUCUCCUCCGAACAAAGCUGUGGAUUGAGUUUGAGGGAGAGGUCGGCUUGGAUUAUGGAGGUGUUGCUCGGGAAUUCUUCUUCCUCCUGUCGAAGGAAAUGUUUAACCCCUAUUAUGGUCUCUUCGAAUAUUCUGCCACAGACAACUACACGCUGCAGAUCAACCCAUAUUCCGGAAUGUGCAAUGAAGAACACUUGCGAUAUUUCAAAUUUAUCGGUCGUGUGGCCGGCAUGGCUGUUUACCACGGAAAACUGCUUGAUGCCUUCUUCAUCCGACCAUUUUAUAAGAUGAUGUUAUCCAAAUCCAUUGAACUUAAGGAUAUGGAGAGUGUUGACUCAGAAUACUACAAUUCUCUACUCUGGAUUCAGGAAAAUGACCCAGCUGACUUGGAUUUAACAUUUAGUGUGGAUGAAGAAUCUUUUGGAAGAACUUCUUCUCAUAGUCUUAAAGAAAAUGGAGCAGAAAUUCCUGUCACGAAUGAGAACAAGAAUGAAUACAUUGAGCUAGUUAUUAACUGGCGGUUUGUCCAACGUAUCCAUAAUCAAAUGGAAGCCUUCCGAGAUGGCUUCAAUGAUGUGGUACCAGUCUCCCACAUUAAGAUUUUUGACGAGAAUGAGCUAGAGCUGCUCAUGUGUGGCAUUGUCUCGAUUGAUGUCAAGGAUUGGAGAGCGAACACAGUCUACAAGGGAGAGUACCACCCUAACCAUAUAGUCAUUCAGUGGUUCUGGCGGGUUGUUCUAUCUUUUACAAAUGAAAUGAGAGCCCGUCUGCUACAGUUUGUUACUGGUACUUCACGUGUUCCCAUGAAUGGGUUCAAGGAACUGUAUGGCAGCAAUGGACCACAGCUAUUCACUAUAGAGAUGUGGGGAGAAACUAAAAAUUAUCCUCGUUCUCAUACAUGCUUUAAUAGGCUGGAUCUGCCUCCGUACCAGUCAUAUCAUGAACUCCGCGAGAAGCUUAUCAAGGCGAUUGAGGGCACUGUGGGUUUUGCAGGAGUUGAUUAAAUGCAUCUUGUAGAAUCCUCAAAAAAUGGUGGUUUAAGUAGAAAAGUGAAAUAAAAUACAGUGAAAGAACAUGAUAAAAAGAAAAAAUGUAAUAUAUAAUUAUUGCAAUGUGAAACGCUUUAGUAACUGUUUUGGCAUAGAAGAAAUCUGCUUUGACAGAAAAAAUCUACUUUUACAACAAAGGGAACUGCUGAACUUUCCACUGAAGCUUUAAUAUGUCCUAAAUUAUGUUUCUUACAACUGUAGGAUGAGAUUAAGGAAAAUUAACUAAUUAAGUUAUAUAUAACAUAAUUCAAGAGAGGUAACAAACAAAUAUCUUGGAAAAAGAAACAGUAAUUUUUACUGUCAAUGUACCCAGAAUUCUCAUUCAAAUUCUUGAUCACAUUUUUAACAUCUUUAAGAUUAAUCUACUUCUCUUUCUUGUUACAUAGUAGGUUAGAUAUUCCUCCUUGUUUGUUACAAGGUUAGUGAUUCAUACCACAGCAUCUAAUUGAAAAAGGAAAUAUUUAUAAGGUAACCAUAUUAUAGCUUUUUAUUGACACCUGAGUAUCAGUAAGUCAAUAUUUUAUAAAUGAAUUUGGCAGUGAUAUACUAGCCCCAUUGUUUGUUAAAAUGAAAAACUUUACAUAUUGUGAUAUAAAUGUCAUAUUUAGCUGUUGGGAGCAUGGCUAUAUAAGCUUGUACAUGUCCUUUAGUAUAAUUGGUUUGUUCAUAUGUAAGUGAUUUAUAUGUAAGGAGGUGAGCAUAUGUGAUUGUAUAUAUACUUAGGUGUGUGUGUGCAUGCCUGGGUUGCAUGGAAAAGUUUGAAUGUAUGAGUACAGAUAUUUGGGUGUUAUUUUUGCAUUUAUAUAUGUUUGUGCAUGUAACCGUGUGUGAAUGCAUAGUUGCAUCCAUUUGAGUGUGCAUAUGUGAACAUGUCGGUAUAACUAUAGGUGCACGUACCUAAAAUGUUUUGAGUGUUAUGUGUGUGUGUGUUGAUAUGGACUUGAAUGUUCUUAUGCUCCACGUUCACAUGCUCAGCAUUGAUUGAAUGUACACUUCUGCAAAAAUGAAACAACUGCAUAUAAAAUUCCAUGUGCACCGGGCAACAAGAGUCCUCUGUAUGCAAUGCUUUGAAUGGAGGGUUCUCAAGCUCACUUAAAAUUAAUGUAUUCUGCGAAUCAAGUAAACACGAUUUCUUCUUUGUUCUCUUUACACAGCUUUUCUGUUUUAGAUUUUUAUGAUUAUCCAUUUAAAAGUGGAGAGCCAUGUAUGAAGCUUUACAAAUGAUCCAUAAAUGUGUAUGGAAAAGAUGGAUGCUGUUAUAUUUUUGCAUGAUUUUGUUAGCUUUUUUUUUCCUUCUCCUCUUCAUUCCAAUUCUUGUUUUAAGUGUCUGUAAUUUGUAUAUAUUGACACAGAUGCUUUGCAUGGUUUCAACCAAAAGGAAAAGAUUGCUGCCUGAGAAAUGUGGAUGGAAUAUUCAGAUUUCUCCAUUAAGUUAAGUUCAUUGAAUAACUAUUGUUAGGAAAAAAUAGACAUUAAGUGUAGCUGUAUUUAGUUUUUUGUAAGAAACAAGGUAACAUUUAUGACAGUUUGUGUGUUUUUUGUCAUCUUUUAAUGGUCAAAAUAAUCAAACUAUAAAAUAAUGUUUACAUCAUUAGAUUUCUCUCAAAUGGUAAAUAUUAGGUAUCAAUGAAAACUUUGUUAACUAGUGUAAACAAACAUUACAAUAUCCACUAUUAUUCAGGUAAUACUAAUACAGUACCUUGUGUUUAUAUAAAGCAUUUUGGUCUUGACAUUUAAACAAUAACACUUUGUCAAUUGUUGGAUACAUUUGGAGAAAAGCAGAAAGCCGUUUUGCUUCUCUUCUGAAGGAACAUAUUUCCCCCCCCCCCCUUGUAUAUUGGCAGCUUCACAAUUUUUAUUUGAAAUUUUUCAAUUUAAUGCUCUUUUCAAUUCCAAAAUAAUUAACAUUACAAAGCAAUUAAGUUUUCUUAAUGUCUUUUAACAAAUUAUUCGAGCAGGUUUACAAGCAUGUCCUUGGUGUACAGUACUAACUUUUCAGUCAGAAAAGUAUUGAGGAUAUUAUAGGAAGAAUUAUUUACAUUUGUUACUUCUUUUUUUUUAGCAAGAAAAUUAAUAUGCUGUUUUUAAUUUUUAAAUUUAAAAAGACAAAAAUAAUUGAUAUGGCCAUUUGUAACUAAUGGCAGAAGGGGAACUAGCAGAAGCCGGGUGUGUAAAAUGGUUCAAAAUUAUGGAUUCCCUUGUGAAGUGUAUGUGUGUGUAUAUGUGUGUAAUUAAAAUAUAUAUAUUAUUAUAUACAUACAUAUAUACAGUAUAAUCAAUCACUCACAUUCUGAUUUAAAUUUAUUAGCUGGAUUUCUCUUGUAAUGGUAAUUUCUUUUAAUGAAUCUUUAUGGAAUACUUUAAACUUUGUUGUUGAAAAAAAGAAAGCUGCAAAAACAAACGAACUAUAUUUAA